AUGGGUAAAUUACUCCAAUUGGCUCUUCAUCCCGAUGAAUUGGCGUCUAUCGUCCAAUUUAAGCUGUUCAGAAAGAACGAGAAUGCUCGUAAUCCAGCCACGGAAUCAGCUGAGUUGAUCCGUUGUUAUGAACUGUUGAACUUGACGUCGCGCUCAUUUGCUGCUGUGAUCGAGGAACUGCACCCCGAGCUGCGUAACGUGAUUAUGGUGUUCUACUUGGUGUUGAGGGCACUGGACACUGUUGAAGAUGACAUGAGCAUUGAAAACAGUGUCAAACUCCCCGUGCUGAGACAAUUCCACGAGAAGCUCGACACAAAGGACUGGACGUUUGACGGCAACUCGCCAAAUGAGAAGGACAGAUGUGUUCUUGUGGAGUUUGACCGUAUCUUGGGCCAGUACCAUGAACUGAAGCCUCAAUAUCAGAAGGUUAUAAAGGAGAUCACCGAGAAGAUGGGCAACGGUAUGGCUGACUACAUCGAGAAUGAGAACUUCAACAGCAACGGGCUGUUGACCAUCGAGGAUUACGACUUGUACUGCUAUUACGUUGCCGGGCUGGUGGGCGACGGCCUGACCCAGCUCAUCGUGCUGGCCAAAUUCGGCAACUCUGAGCUGUCGUCGAACAAGCAGUUGUUCAAAUCCAUGGGGUUGUUCUUGCAAAAGACCAACAUCAUCAGAGACUAUGAAGAAGACCAGGUUGACGGCCGUGCAUUCUGGCCAAAGGAGAUCUGGGGGAAGUACGCCAAUGAGCUGUCCGACUUCAUGAAACCAGAGAACCAAUCCCAAGGGCUGUGGUGUAUCUCUGAGCUUGUGUGCAAUGCUCUGGACCAUGUCAUUGACGUGCUACAGUACCUAGCAUUGGUUGAAGAACAGACAAGCUUCAACUUCUGUGCCAUUCCGCAAGUCAUGGCCAUCGCUACCCUUGAGCUCGUCUUCCAGAACCCCCAGGUACUCACACAGCAUGUAAAGAUCAGAAAGGGAACCACCGUGUCCUUGAUCUUGGAGAGCAGAACCUUGGAAGGCUGUGCCAGAAUCUUCAGACGUUAUUUGAGAAAGAUCCACCACAAGUCCCACCCUUCAGACCCAAACUACCUGAGACUGGGCAUCACCAUUGGUAAGAUUGAGCAGUUCCUCGAUGGCAUGUACCCCCACUACGUCCCAAAGGGCAUCACUCCUCAGACCACCUCCAUCAGAACACAGGUUGUGAAGAGAUUACAGCUGGAUGAGCCUAUGAAGAGGGAUAUCGACGAGGAGAUACUCAAGACAAGGAUCCUGCUGUUGUCUCUCGGCGUCGCAGUGUUUGGAGUUGUAUAUGGAGUAGUUCGUAUCAUUUAG